GUAUACAGUUGCGGUUGCUAAGAGCUGAGGAGUGAAGGAGACUGAAGCUCUGUUACUGAGAUACCAUGCUAGCUGAUCCUGGGAACACCAUGAGAGACCCUAACCCAAUCUACCAGGGGAGAUACAAAGAUCACUUUCCGGACAUCCGCUCUGCUGGGAAACUUUUCCCCAUUGGAGAGAGAGCUUCUGGCUGCUUGACUGAAAUUUACCCCAGGCCCAUCACCCCACCAGUGGUUCAGAAGUUUCUAAAUACAAGGCGUCCUGGUCCGGGUUCUCAGACUGUAUUCUAUGGCAGAGCAAAUGAUCCCAAUAUUGGAAAAUUCAUGACACAUGGAGUGAGCACUCGCUCCUCAUACAGUGCUGGCUUAUUAGUAAACCCACGGCCCAAAUCAUUAUUUCAGCAAAAACAAACUGAAAAGAAGGAGUCGUUAUAUUUCAGCCAUCAGUGGAAACCUCUUGGAAAAUCACACGACCAGCUAGCAGCUUUCCCUUCUUACUUAGACCUGAAUGGAUUUCCAUUUGGACAAACAAUCAAAAGAGGUUUAUCAGCAGGAGAAGUUCUAAAUCCUCCUAAGAGCUAUCAAGAACUUGACGAAGAGUCAAAGAAAGGACAUGAGUUGUAUGUGGUGACACAUAAUGAUUAUAAUGUUGGUGAAAUAAGAAACCGAAAAUAUGGUUCAACACAUUUUCAAACAGAUAAAACGUUUGGAAUGAAAACUCCACACUUCACUGAUGGCAGGAACGUGAGACGCUCGAUGCAAUGGCUUUCUGAAAAAUAUGGGAAAGAAGGUGCAAACAUUGUUUUUAAAAGGCUUGAUGACUUCCGAGAGCGUACACAGCCUCAGGUUGGAAAAGGUCUUGACCCUAUGGCAGACACUAGGAAUCUUCCAGCAGAUCAUACAUUUGGUGCUCCUCUCCAACAUGAAAAAUACGGAGUUGGAGAUCUCAUUCAAUACAGGACUACAAAUUAUCUGCGUGGCAAAGAGCGACUUAGAGCCAACCUGGCAGCUGUUCAACAACACUUGAAGAAAGCAAAUUAUCAGAAUUUUGGGUCACUAGUGGAAGCAUUUAGACAUUAUGACAAGAAUGGUGAUGGAAAAAUUGAUAAGGAUGAUCUAAAACGAACUUGUGAUCAGUUUGGGCUGGAUUUGGAUGUUGAACUUUUAGAUUCUUUACUUGAAUACUGUGACGUAGACAACGACGGCCUGAUUAACUUUGUUGAGUUUGCAAACUUUCUUAACUGGAAAGAUAAAAUGGGUAUUACAGAACUGGAAGAAAAAAUACUUACACAAGGGUCUAGAAAUGUCAAUGAGAUUGUGGAUUCUUCCACAAAAAACAAAGAAGAAUUUUCCGGUGAAGGUCUGGUAAAGCAAACAGAUCUUGAAUUAAAAGAAGAAGGGUUUGAUAAAACACCUAAAAUCCUCCCGAAACCAGAACCUGUUAAAGGCUUUUAUUGUACAUCAUCAUCAAAAAUCAGCGCUGUUGUGGGGGGCCCAAGUUCUGUCCGUUAUCACACAUGUGGAGUGCCUAGUAUUCGCAGAGAUCUUGUCCCUCCUCACAUUCGCAAAAUUAGUGAUAGAUACAAUUAUGGAGAUGAGUCUGGUGCCUUCAAACUGAUACGCCCAUCUAUCUUUGAGCAAAACAUGGUCAGUGAAAGAGAUCUUUUAAAGCCCCGCUCAAAAGAAGAGAUUACAGAGAUACUGCGUAACAUUGGUUUUAGUAUUUCCAAUGACAAUUUUGACCAGCUAUGGAAUUUGGCCUCAGAUAUUCAUCCAAGAGGAGACGUUUGUGUUGAAACAAUAAGAAAUGCGUUGGAUCAUAUGCAGGCACCUCAAAUCAUAAUGGGGUCUUGAACAGAAGACUUGUGUUUGUGUUAAAAAUCAGAAUAAAAUUGGAUCUUGAGCACUGUUGAA